AUGAAAUUAGUAUAACACGAGUGCACGUCUUCUUGGAAUAAACAAGGAGCUUUGUGAAAGGGGAGAGCCUGUUGAUGAAAUGUAGGUCACGCCUCGAGGAUUUCUGUCCUUGGCCUUCUUUCUGUCCAGCGGACAUUUAAAUAUGUAUUCCGAAGUUGCUUUUUUUCUUUACCAGAAGAUUGCAAUUGUGCGACUCUUUCAAAUUUCAGAGAGCGAAGAAGGAAAUGACAAUGUCACACUCGGUGACCAUUAGAACUCAAACAGUGACGAGCGGUUCCACUGCAAUUAUUGUUAAUAGUGGUUACUUGAAAUCGUGGAGCGGUCUGAUUAAAUUACUUGAGUUGGCACUUGGAGUAGUAUGCGUAGCAAUAGCAGGGCAUUACAUCAACAUUUACUGGAUCACCGCAGAACUAUUCUUCCUUUUAAUAACAACCACAUUUAUGAUCGGUACCUUCGUAUUGCUUCUAAGUUGCCUAAUUUCCCUAUCGACGUCCAGUAUCAUUUCAAAGACAGUUUAUGAACUUCUUUAUCACGCUAUAGCGUUCGGAUUGUAUUUAGCUGCGUCGAUAACAUUCAUAGUACCUGUGUCUGACAGAAAGAAUCAAAGAGACUACGAAGUACUAAUGGCAGCUGCAGUAAGUGAAAAAAAGAAAAAAACAUCUUUUUGGAAAGAUUUUUUAUUUUUUACUGUAUUUACUGUUCCUUAUUUUUUAUUAUUUAUUGCUAGAAACCGUCUUACAUACCAAAUGCAGUUCUUAAAACUUUCUACAAACGUACAAAAGUUCGCAAACUAUUUACUUACUGUAUCAUAAAAUAAUUCAUUAUUAUAGUUAUUAUAUUAAUUACGUAAUUCCAGUUUGCUAUAUUCUCUUCCAGAUUUGCGGCCUUGUAAAUUCAGCACUGUAUCUUCUCAGUACGAUCAUCGCACUUCGUACGUACAGAGGGCUUUGAGUGCUUUAUACGCUUUGCACCAACAAUUCAGACACGUUUCGAAAUCAUACAUUCGACUGUCGUGUUUCACAUAUGUAUCUAUUCCUCUCGCAAAUCAUCGACGACACUUUCGAUGCCAAGCAUUGUUCAACUAUGUAAUGCAACGCUUUUUUAUACAGUGACUUUAGAAAUUUGAUAAAAGAUACUUUUUCUAUUUUGUAUAUUUCAAAUAUAUUUAUACAGCAGAGACGCGAGGUUUCCUAACCGAGAAGAGAUUAGAUCAUCCUGAAAGUUGUUGCAAUUUCGAACUAUCUAUUUAUAAAAGAAGUGUCAAUAUAAAAGGACAUUUUUACCAUUCGCGUGAAACGUGUAUUGUUGAAAUUGAAUUAUUAAUAUCAUUAUGAUGUGAAAGUGAAUCAGUCGCAGAAGUUAAUAUUUAAAACAGAAAAGGCAAGAUUAGAUAUUUUAACUCUUCUAUUCACUUUUUAAUUGAAAUUAGAUUCUUGUAGCAAUGUUUCUUACGUCCGUUUAGGAGAACAUGUGGACAAAUUGAAAAUGGGCAGCAAGUAUGCAACAAAAUAAACGAUUCUCAUUAUAAUAACAAUAAAAACAAGAACACAUUUCACACAUAUUUUAACACGACUCUCAUAGCAAUUCUAUGAUAGAUUUCGUUAUUUUCAGUCAUAAUGUAGAAUAUAAGAAACAUCGUUAUUUCUUUAGAAUCUGUACAGUUUUAACUAACAAAUAAUGAUAAUAAUAAUAUUCAAAAUCCUCGGUUUUUAAAAACCAGUUGAACUUCAGCAGAUAAAUUUGGCUUUUCAGAUUUAGCUUUUCAAAAACGUAUUUCCAAACAAAAAUUCUAAUCGCAAACAGAUAUAUACGAAUUUAUAUUCUCGUCACUGUACUUUUACUUUUUGUUAGUGGUCGUGUUCAAAGAUACUCAAGGUUCGCGCAGGUCAUGCCAUAGUCAAGGCUAUUUGACGACCAAGGUCAAAAGUGGAGGAUUCUCAAGCACGUAUUACGAGUUAAGGUCGUUCGAAUAUCCUUGCAAUCGUUGAUAGCAUCGCAGGUAAAUUCCAAUGUAAUGGCACUUGUCUGAAGAUGGAACUUAUGCUCCUUCAAAGUAAAGCGUUAAAAAAACAACGAUAAUUUCCAGGAUGAUCUAACACAAUUACUACAUACCGGUGUAUAUUUAUUUUUCGAGUAUACAGAGUGUCUCAUUAUCUUGGGAAUUUUAAUCUUAUAAUAUUUGGAAUAUUUCAGUUACUUUCGUGAAUACGAAAAAAUGACAUCAGGGCAGACGAACAUUGUGAUUAGUUGCCAAUUUUAUCCAAUUGCAUAAUUUUAAUUGUAUAUUUAUUUUAUUAACACUAGAACUACCGACAGUUGA